UGAGACGGAACUGAGACGCCUCAGGACGAGCCUGCCACACAACCGCAUUGCGAUCUCUUCCAGUUGCAGUCAAGAAGCCCAAUAACCCAGUAAGGUCCACAUGAUAAUGCGUCAGCUUGUGUGGAUUCUCUCAAGUGUUACUUCCUCCUCGCUGUGUUUCUGGUGAGUGCGCAUGUAUAUCGCUGUCGCAAGCUUGGGCACGCGAGGCAGUCUCGGGGAUGAUCAGAGCUCCUGAUCUCCACUCAGUUCUAUGGCUUCUUGAUCUCAGCGUCAAAAGGGAAGGAUCCGUUGCAUUUGUGCGGCAGUUCGCUCCUGAAGUCUGGGGUUUCCUGUCAUGCCAAGAUCACGGAAUCAUGUGUCUACCCGAUGCCAUCCAUAUCUUGUUGAUAUCCUGAUGAUCGGAAGUUCUUCAUCCUUUUCGUAGUAUGGCUGGCACAUACGGCACUUUUAUUUCUUUUCAUUUUCUGUAGUUUGGCUGCUUCAUUCGUCAUUUUUCAUUCUCAAUUGGCUCUUUUUGUUUGUUACGAAUACUCUACGUCCGACCUUCGACCUACCUCUCUUUCCGAAUCAGUAUAUUCUAUGUUACGGCUUUGAACCGAUUAUCUAUCAAGUUCGGUAGAAGGCAAAAGCCAUGGCUCCAUUCAACCAUUUCGGUGCUGUUUUCUCGACGCCACGACCCCCGGUUUCUCCGCCAUCGACGGAACGGACUGCGAGGGAACGAAGGGCAUUGCGAGAUUUCCAGCCAGAGAGGGCUCCGAAUAUAUCUAGGGACUCGAGACCAAGGCGAUGCCGACGGCUAUCACCUCGACAGCUACCUGCCGCGGUCGAUUCGGAUAGUGUCAGUACUGGCGAAGUGGGUGACGAAGUGAGCAGCGCUUCGGAUAGUGGCAGUGCUUCCGCGGCGACAGAGAGAGGUACAUUAGGUGAUGCGAUAGCUGGAGCUGGUUCUGUGACUGACAGUGCCCUCGAUGCAAUCCUUGGUGGCCAAAGUUCUACCGCCGUUGCAGCGCCCGAGAAAACCAGUGCCGCUGAAAUAGAAAGCAAGCCGACUGAUAUCGCCACCACGGCGAGCGAACCGGAGGCCGUUGCCAUUACAUCGAGCAAACCAUCGUCUGCCGCCGUUGAAACGAGUAGGCCAGCUAUCAUUACCACAACGCCAACGAAACAUUCUAGCAAAACGCCUGACACACCAUCAUCAUCAGCUCCGCCUGUAGCGGCAUUGCCAGGAACUACCAGAGUAUUGUCGCCAGAAGCUGCCGCUACUCCUACACCUAGUAAGGUAGGAGGACUGACAAGGGUUACCCCGGAAUUUACCAGGGCCUUUCCAACGCCAAAAGCACAACUGCAGAGUGCAGACCGCGUCAGUCUCAGCAACACCCAAGCCACAGGUGCUGCGGGGCUAAAGGCCCAGGGUCAGGCUAUUGACUCUACUAAGUCUGGCGAUGAUCUCGAUUCAGAUUAUGAGGACGACUCUACCGAGUCGCGGUUGGUCGCCUUCACAACAAUCUCUGGCACCCCUCUCUCGACAUUAUCAGCCAUCUUGGAUCCUACUGCUGUGAGGACCUUGCCAGACAGCGUCACCACGGCAUCUCAGACUGGUGGUCAACCUACGAUAGCUUCGGCUGCUGCCAACAAGCCACCGCUUACCCCUGAAGCCUCAAAUGGCCUGAUUGCAUUCGGUGCUGUCGGUGGCGUUCUUGUACUCAGCUUUGUAGUAUGCAUCCUGCUUCGUCUCCUCAAGACCGACGCCUUCGGCUGCUUCAACUGUUGUGGAAGCAAACGCAAGUCUCAGAAUAGUGCCUCAGAGUCCCUUUACCAUGCAAGCGGCGUCUUCGGCACAGCUGCUCCCUCAGAAAUUCAAACCCAUUCGCGAGGCUUCUCGGCAUUUUUCAACCCCAUGAUCCAGUUAAGAGCCGCCAAGUACGAAAAAGACCCAAGUCAGGGCCAAACGUACUCGCGCAACUCGUUGAUACAGAAUGCGGCGCCCAUCGCUGUGAGCCAACAGCCUAUGCAAUCUAGGGAUGACCCUCCUCCCAUGCCUGUCCUUCCACUAGCGUACCGUCAGGCCGCCAAUGGGAAGAACCCGCGGAUAUCGGAGGUCUCCAGUCUAUCAUCUGGCUUCGGAGACGCUGUAAUCGAUAUACCUGAAUCGGGACCAACUACAUAUGUUACCAACAAGUCGGGCCAAGGUUUACCUAAACCUAACAGUCAAACGCUCGGGCUGGACGUAGGCCCCCGGUUCUCAUGGGCAAACGUACCUACUCCCCGAACACUCGGUAACCACAGAAACAGAGACACUGCUAACACUGCUACGACGACCACCUCUCGUGACUCAGAGCCCAGGUUCCGCACCGUAACGAGCUGGGUGCAUCAGCAGGCGAACCGGGUGAUGAAGAACCAAAGUGAUAGCGGUGCUUCUGCUGCCCCUAGCCAAGAGAGGAGCAGCGUCCCGGACAUACCGGCUUUUCCCGAGGCAUACGGGGGAGGAAAGCAUCAGAGGAUGCCGAGUGUGGACGGAUGUGGUGUCCAGGGCACAUCCGGGCGAUGAAGUUGAGAUUAAGGAGAGUUCGAGGAUCCCGAGCACCUUGUUGACGAGGAAGUUGAGGCAUUGAGGGGUGGAGGAUGGGGCUAUCUAGCAGUGUAAUAACACACGUGGUGUAUUGAAGAGUGAGACAUGGGGGAGGGGAUAUAUCAUAGUAUCUGUCUAUGGGGUAGCUCCUGGGGACUACUAGCGGGGUUGGAGAGCGUUGGGUUUUGAAGGAA